GAUAGCAUCCAGUCGGCAUUACCAAGCGCCAAUGCGAGGAGGAUUUUACACCUGAUGAAGACCUUGAAUGGGAGGAUGAGUGGAAAUGUCAUUUUCCGACGUGGCCAUGGCAAUCCCUGGUCGCAAAGUUAUUGCUACAUCCACGAAGAAAAUGGCAGUUUGAUGUACGAAUCCAGAGGGAGCGAAGGUGCGCACAAGACGCUUGUACCCGAUCUUAAAGGGUCUCAUGUGCGCUCGAACCUGGAUGGCGACAUGCCUUAUCUGGAGGUGACGUUCUCUGACAGGCCUGAUGAGGUCCACAUCAAACUUCAAACGCAAUCAGACUUUGAUGCCUGGUUUGCUGCUUUAUUGCAUUGGGCGCCAAGAGACAACGCCUCCAUUUCCAGUGGUGACCACAGACCGGAAUCGGCCUCCGACUCCAAAGCAUCCCAGAAAAGCGAUCGUCGAAAAUCUGUAAUUGGCGCCGUGGCCAAGGAGAACCCUGUCAUCAAAAUUGGGAAGAUGAUUUACUGGGAUACAAACAUCGGGUAUAACAGCACGAGUGCCCUUGGUCAGGUGUCUGCUGGACGACCGAAUACGUAUCGGAUGCAGUCUGUGGGCUCGCGGAGGUGGCGGCGGAUCAGUGGUCAAUUGCGCGAGAACGGCGAGCUGAAGCUGCAUUCUGACUCGGACAACUCCCUCAUUUCGGUCGUGCAGUUGAGCCAACUCAGCAGGUGUGCCAUUCAAAGAUUGGACGCCAGCGUGCUGGACAACGACUUCUGCAUUGCGAUAUAUCCGCAGUAUACGGCAAGCUACACGACUACACAGCCUGGAUUUAUUCGGCCAAUCUUUUUGAGUUUGGAGAAUCGGGUGUUGUACGAGGUCUGGUUCGUCCUACUUCGUGCUUUUACCAUGCCGUCGAUCUAUGGACCACGGAUCGAGGCUGGAGAAACCGAGGCUGGCAUUACCAAUGGCAAUCAAGACCUCGAGAGUAUGAUUGCGACAAGCACCACGUACACUUUCCGAAUGGAGCGGAGUCUCAGCGUGAGAGUUGUUGAAGCCAAGAUGCAACCUGCUAGCGGUAGCGAUUCGUCUUCCGCUUUCAGCGGCGGUUACAAGUCCAAUGCACCACCCGAGAAGCAUGGUUACUACGCUGAGGUUCUACUCGACAACGAGACGAGAGGCAAGACAGUGGUCAAAUUCGAAGGACUAAAUCCUCUUUGGGGAGAAACCUUCGACUUCCAGGACCUGCCACCAGUACUCAACAACGCCAGUGUGAUCGUCAAACGUCGACCACCCGAGCAGGAUUUGCCGAAGUCCGAGAGUAAGCACAAUGUCCACGAAACCUCUGACCAGCAACAGGGUGGGUUCACAAACCUUGCCUUUGACGUCACGUGCGGCAAGGUGGAGAUUCAGAUGGAGGAACUCGAGCCUGAAAAGGAAAUCGAGAAAUGGUGGCCCAUUGUCAAUAUGCACGGACAUCGUGUCGGCGACGUCCUUAUCAAGGUGCGAGCCGACGAAGGCAUCAUCCUCAUGGCGCGCGACUACCAACUGCUCAGCGACUUGCUGCAUCGAUUUUCGAAUGGAUUGACUUUGCAGAUUGCACAAAUGAUACCCCAGGAGCUCAAGCGACUUAGUGACAGCCUAUUGAAUAUUUUCCAGGUUGCCGGCAAGGCAGGCGAUUGGCUUAUGGCAUUGGUGGAGGAGGAGAUAGAUGGCAUACACAAGGAGACGCCGAUUACCCGCCUCAGGUAUAGCAGACGAGUGGGCUCUGAGAGCAGUAAUGACCCUCUUGGAAGUGGUGCGCCGAACAGCGACAGGGAGCUCAUCGUUCGUGACCUGAACAAGAGUGCUACCUUGGAGGCCAACUUACUCUUCAGAGGCAAUUCAUUGCUUACGAAGAGCUUGGAUACUCAUAUGCGACGCGUGGGCAAGGAGUACCUCGAGGAAUCACUCUCGGCCAAGCUGAUGGACAUCAACGAGAAGGACCUUGACUGCGAAGUGGACCCGAACCGAGUAGGCUCGCCCCAGGAUGUGGACCGCAACUGGAGAAGGCUUCUUCUUUUCACGCAAGAGGUCUGGAAAGGAAUCAUCGCCAACAAGCAGCGAUGUCCUAUCGAGCUCAGGAUCAUCUUCAGACACAUUCGCGCUUGUGCGGAAGACAAGUAUGGUGAUUUCUUGCGCAGCGUGAGCUACAGCAGCGUGUCGGGUUUCUUAUUCCUGCGAUUCUUCUGUCCGGCAGUCCUUAACCCGAAGCUCUUUGGAUUGCUCAGUGAUGACAUCAAGCCAAGGGCUCGCCGCACAUUCACACUGAUCGCCAAGUCACUCCAGACUAUGGCCAACAUGGCCACCUUUGGCACGAAGGAACCAUGGAUGGAGCCAAUGAAUUCUUUCUUGGUGCAGAAUAGGGACUGCUUCAAGUCCUUCAUUGAUGAUGUCUGCUAUGUGCCCACGCCAAUUUCGAGCAACGAAUCUCCCAACUUAGCGAGCUCAUCGACCUGGCCAUCUGGAGUCGUCAGUGCCGAGCAGCACCUGAGUUACACAACACCGAUGACAAUCAUGCAACGACUACCACCAAGCAGUCGAGAAGGAUUCCCAAGCCUGCCAUAUCUCAUCGACCAGGCAAGGGCAUUCGCCGACCUCAUUCAUCUC